AUGCAAAUAUCAAAUACGACGUACUUCUGUCAAUUAUAUGCCACAUAUCCAAAAAACAAUUCUCAAUUGUUAUUAUUAUUAAUGUCAAAUGUAACUAUUUAUACGAAUCGAACACUAACUUCGGUUUAUAUCAAUAAUGGAACACGCUUAUUAAACCCUCAAAAUCUUUCUUUCGGUACAGAAAAUCCAUGGAUACCUGUUGCAAAAUUAUAUACAAACAAUAGUCAACCAUUUUUAUGGUUAAAUUCUAGUAAUUUAACUACAUUAACAAAUAUUCCAACGAUUUCAAUUAAUCAAUCAACAUCACAUUGGUUUAGCAUUUUAAUAUCGCAAUGGAAUGAUAUGACCUAUCAAGCAAAUCAAGUUGCCGUUGCGUUUAUUGUCAAUCGUACGAUUAUUUUUGAUUUUCUUAUUUUCAAUGCUUCACAAACAAAUAUAACAACUUGGUUUUCACUGAGAACUCUUCUCUCAAAUCAAUAUUGGAAUCUAACACAAUAUUCAAGCACAGUCGCUGGUCAAACACAAAUGAAAUCAAUUUAUACAGAUAGCGAUUGUAUACGAUCAUUUAAUUUUAAUUUAAAAUAUUCAACAAGUAGAUGCACUCAAGAUUUUUAUGGAUUCUUUUUUGUUGAUGGUGGCUAUAAAGAUUUAUGUACUGCAUCUUCUGCAGGUACCACGUCAGCAUCUGUUCCAACAAUUUAUUAUAGCCCAACAACAUAUUCUACCAAUGGAAGUCUGAGUGAUUAUCAUAUUGCUGAUGGUCUUAUGGUUUUUGUUCGAUGA